AUGGUGGCCCCGGGCUCUGUGACCAGCCGGCUGGGCUCGGUGUUCCCCUUCCUACUGGUCCUGGUGGAUCUGCAGUACGAAGGUGCUGAGUGUGGAGUAAAUGCAGAUGUUGAGAAACAUCUUGAACUGGGCAAGAAAUUGCUUGCAGCUGGACAGCUUGCUGAUGCUUUAUCUCAGUUUCAUGCUGCAGUAGAUGGUGACCCUGACAACUACAUUGCUUACUAUCGGAGAGCUACUGUCUUUUUAGCUAUGGGCAAAUCAAAAGCAGCACUUCCUGAUUUAACUAAAGUGAUUGAGUUGAAGAUGGAUUUUACUGCAGCAAGAUUACAGAGAGGUCACUUAUUACUUAAACAAGGAAAACUUGAUGAAGCAGAAGAUGAUUUUAAAAAAGUGCUAAACUCUAAUCCAAGUGAAAAUGAAGAAAAGGAAGCCCAGUCUCAACUUAUAAAAUCUGAUGAAAUGCAACGUUUGCGUUCACAAGCACUUGAUGCUUUUGAAAGUGCAGAUUAUAGUGCUGCUAUAACCUUCCUUGACAAGAUUUUAGAGGUUUGUGUUUGGGAUGCAGAACUACGGGAACUUCGAGCUGAGUGUUUUAUAAAAGAAGGGGAGCCUAGGAAAGCUAUAAGUGACUUAAAAGCUACAUCAAAAUUGAAGAAUGAUAAUACUGAGGCAUUUUAUAAAAUCAGCACACUGUACUAUCAACUAGGAGACCAUGAACUGUCCCUCAGUGAAGUUCGUGAAUGUCUGAAACUUGACCAGGAUCAUAAAAGGUGUUUUGCACAUUAUAAACAAGUAAAGAAACUUAACAAACUGAUUGAAUCAGCUGAAGAACUCAUCAGAGACGGCAGAUACACAGAUGCAACAAGCAAAUAUGAAUCUGUCAUGAAAACAGAGCCAAAUGUUGCUGAAUACACAGUUCGUUCCAAAGAGAGGAUUUGCCACUGCUUCUCUAAGGAUGAGAAGCCUGUUGAAGCUAUUAGAAUAUGUUCUGAAGUUUUACAGGUGGAACCUGACAAUGUGAAUGCCCUGAAAGAUCGAGCAGAGGCCUAUUUAAUAGAAGAAAUGUAUGAUGAAGCUAUUCAGGAUUAUGAAACUGCUCAGGAACACAAUGAAAAUGAUCAGCAGAUUCGGGAAGGUCUAGAGAAAGCACAAAGACUACUGAAACAGUCGCAGAAACGAGAUUAUUAUAAAAUCUUGGGAGUAAAAAGAAAUGCCAAAAAGCAAGAGAUCAUUAAAGCAUAUAGAAAAUUAGCACUGCAGUGGCACCCAGAUAACUUCCAGAAUGAGGAAGAAAAGAAAAAAGCUGAGAAAAAGUUCAUCGACAUAGCAGCUGCUAAAGAAGUCCUCUCUGAUCCAGAAAUGAGGAAGAAAUUUGAUGAUGGAGAAGAUCCCCUGGAUGCAGAGAGCCAACAAGGAGGUGGUGGCAACCCUUUCCACAGAAGCUGGAACUCAUGGCAAGGGUUCAACCCCUUCAGUUCAGGCGGACCGUUUAGAUUUAAAUUCCAUUUCAAUUAAACCAACUGUUUUUCUGCUCUUCUUCCUUAAUUUUUUUAAAAGAUUAAAAACAAAGAAACCUUGUUCUGGGAUCCUAAUGAAAAAAAAAAAAUUCAAAUCUUUCUGUUUAUCCAUGACCAAAGAGUUGUUUUAAUAGGGAAAAUCUGUUCUUAUCCAUUUUAGACUUAGGGCUGAUAGGUUUGCAAGGAUAGGGAGGUGUGGAAUGAUUGUUUCUGAUAAAGCAGCCUGCCUACACUCCAUGGAGUGGCCUGAGGCAGGCUCGCCUGUAGAAUGGCUCUCGUGGUGUUUCUACACUGGAGCAUGUAAAGGUUCUUUUUAGAUUUUUUUUCUUACAGCCUUGCAUAGUCAAGGAGAGCCUGGAUGUGUGAGGAGCAGCUGCCAUCUUGAUGACAGUGAGUUGUGUGUCAGUGUUCUCAGAGAAUGUGAACAUUCUGAGGCCAUGUUCUUAGGGAUGAGCUCUCAUUUAUGUUCAUGUC